AAAAAAAUCCCGUUUUUAUUUGCUUUGGUCUCUCUUUUUCUUCUCUUUCUGUAUAAUUUUUUUUGGCAAUUUCUGAAAAUCAUCUUUUAAUUCAAGUUCAAAAGAGGUGCUUUGAAUUGAACAAAGUGUUUUCUCUGAGAUCCUUAUUGUACUAGUGUUCCGUCUCUAUGUGGAAAUCCAUUUCAAAUGUCAUCACAAGCUUUGGUCAGAAAAAGGAUUCUGCUACGCCCAGUCAAACUUGUCAUGAGUACUCAGAUGACGAUGAUAUCCGCUCUAAUGAAAGCACUGAGGAAGGACUAGAAUGCCCAAUAUGUUGGGAAUCAUUUAACAUUGUUGAGAAUGUUCCCUAUGUAUUGUGGUGUGGCCACUCUCUUUGUAAAAAUUGUCUGUUGGGACUUAAAUCGGCUUCCGUGAAGAUAUCCACCCAACAAAUCCAGAUUCCAUUGUUUGUUUCCUGCCCAUGGUGUAAUUUGUUGACACUUAGAUUGUUUUACCAGGGAAAUCUCAAGUUUCCUAGCAAGAACUUCUUCCUCCUCUGGAUGGUGGAGAGCAGAAAUGGUGACAGGAUGAAGUCUCCGUCUGCCAUAUACAGGGAUCAAUUAAUGUGCUCCUCCCCUUGUACUUCAAAUACCAGGACCCCGAGUUCUGUCAUGAACUGCAGGAGGGCUCAUCGUAUAGACUCUUCGGGGUCUGGCACUAGUGGUCCUAGCAAUACAAAUGAUACCCCUACAAUGCAAAGGACUCAGUUUUCUCUUCAGAAGUCCCUUGAUUUCUUUUUCCGGUUGACAUCCAAAUUUCCGUUGGUUGUUGUACUUCUUCUGGUUGUUAUAUUUGUGAUACCUUCCAGUGUGGGCAUCUUGAUUCUAUACCUGGUGAUCACAAUUCUCUUUGGACUUCCAUCUUUGCUAGUUAUAUACUUCGCUUAUCCUGCUCUAGAUUGGCUGGUGAGAGAGAUUACUUCUUGAAGUAUUUCUGUUCAAUUUGUUUGAGAAUUAUUUCUUAGAGUUUCGAGGAUGUAAUACAUAGUAUUGUUUGCACUAGUAAACAAUGUCUCAUCAGUUUGAUCUUAGUUUUCAUAUCAAGAGAUGGUGUAAAUAGUUAUUGGUUUUUGUGGAGGUAAAGGUUAAUUUUCCUUCAAAGUUUGUAUCUGCUAUUGUUAAUGGAUGAAUGAUAUCGUGGGGUUGCUCUUUCUACUAAAA